CAGCAUCUCCCUUCAUGGGAUUGAGCGCCUCAGCUGCCGGUGGAGAGAGUUCCAGGCGAAAGAAGGAAUCCUAGCUGCAGCCUCCUGCCUUCUUUUAUAUCUUGGAACACGGACAGAAGGUUGCCUGCAUGCGUGUAGAUCUGUAGUACGUAAUCGUGUCUACUUUACUGCACACACACACAUAUGCACGAUUCACACACCGGCAAGAAGACAACCAUGUGAUUAUCCCAAGAAAGAGACAGAGGAAUUCAGCACACGGGGACACGGAGGUGGUCUGGCUCUGAAACUGCUUUAGCAAGCAUAAUGCUGCUGUUCCUACAACACUGAACAAGAAUGGAAUGUGAAUAGUACAAUCCUAAAUAAAUGAAUUGCUCAAUCACCUAUGAUCAUCUAUACAUACACCAUCUUCAAAAAGUACGUCAGUUUUCUAUCAUCAAGGAAACAGUGACCUCCUUUUAUGCAAUAUGCAUGACAGUUUUGGUCAAUGCAAUUGUGGCACUCACACUUAUGUCUAUGAAGAAAAACUCUGCAGUUCUUUGGCAUUCAUCAUUUGAUAAAUGCAAGUAUUUUCUGUAUCAAUCAGCUCUUACUGAACUUACUGGCAGUGACUGUGGAAUCCUUAAGGGCCCAUUAAAUUUCUGAAGAAGAAAGCUAAGAUGAAGGACAUGCCACUCCAAAUUCAUGUGCUACUUGGCCUAGCUAUAACUUCACUAGUACAAGCUGUAGAUAAAAAGGUGGACUGCCCACAAUUAUGCACAUGUGAAAUCAGACCUUGGUUCACACCCACAUCUGUGUAUAUGGAAGCAUCUACAGUGGAUUGUAAUGAUUUAGGUCUUUUAACUUUCCCAGCCAGACUGCCUGCUGACACACAGAUACUGCUCCUACAGACUAACAAUAUUGCAAAAGUUGAGUAUUCCACAGACUUUCCAGUAAACCUCACUGGCCUGGAUUUAUCUCAAAACAAUUUAUCUUCAGUCACCAAUAUUAAUGUAAAGAAGAUGUCUCAGCUUCUGUCUGUGUACCUAGAGGAAAACAAACUUACUGAACUACCUGAAAAAUGUCUGUCUGGCCUGAGUAACUUGCAAGAACUCUAUAUUAAUCACAACUUGCUUUCUACAAUUUCACCUGGAGCCUUUAUUGGCCUUCAGAAUCUUCUUCGACUUCAUCUCAAUUCAAAUAGACUGCAGAUGAUCAAUAGCAAGUGGUUUGAUGCUCUUCCAAAUCUAGAGAUUCUGAUGAUUGGGGAAAAUCCAAUCAUACAGAUAAAAGACAUGAACUUUAAGCCUCUUAUCAAUCUUCGAAGUCUGGUUAUAGCUGGUAUAAAUCUCACAGAAAUACCAGACAAUGCCUUGGUGGGACUUGAAAACUUAGAAAGCAUCUCUUUUUAUGACAACAGGCUUAUUAGGGUGCCCCAUGUUGCUCUUCAAAAAGUUGCAAACCUCAAAUUUUUAGACCUCAAUAAAAAUCCUAUCAAUAGAAUACGAAGGGGUGAUUUCAGCAAUAUGCUACACUUAAAAGAGUUGGGGAUAAAUAAUAUGCCUGAGCUGAUUUCCAUUGACAGUCUUGCUGUGGAUAACCUACCAGAUUUAAGAAAAAUAGAAGCUACUAAUAACCCCAGAUUGUCUUAUAUUCACCCUAAUGCAUUUUUCAGACUUCCCAAGCUGGAGUCCCUCAUGCUGAAUAGCAAUGCCCUUAGUGCCCUGUACCACGGUACCAUUGAGUCACUGCCAAACCUCAAGGAAGUCAGCAUUCAUAGCAACCCCAUCAGGUGUGACUGUGUCAUACGUUGGAUUAAUAUGAAUAAAACCAACAUUCGAUUUAUGGAGCCAGAUUCACUAUUUUGUGUGGACCCACCAGAAUUCCAAGGUCAGAAUGUCCGGCAAGUGCAUUUCAGAGAUAUGAUGGAAAUUUGCCUUCCUCUUAUAGCUCCUGAGAGUUUUCCUUCUAAUUUGGAUGUAGAAGCUGAUGGCUAUGUGUCUCUCCAUUGUCGAGCUACUGCAGAGCCACAGCCUGAAAUCUACUGGAUAACACCUUCUGGUCAAAAGCUCUUGCCUAAUACUCUGACAGAUAAGUUCUAUGUCCAUUCUGAAGGCACACUAGAUAUAAGUGGCAUCACCCCAAAAGAAGCGGGCUUAUAUACUUGCAUAGCAACUAACCUUGUUGGUGCUGACUUGAAGUCUGUUAUGAUAAAAGUAGAUGGCUCUUUCCCCCAGGAUAACAACAGUUCUUUGAACAUUAAAAUAAGAGAUAUUCGGGCCAAUUCAGUUCUGGUGUCUUGGAAAGCAAGAUCCAAAAUUCUCAAAUCCAGUGUGAGAUGGACCGCGUUUGUCAAGACGGAAAAUUUUCAUGCUGCCCAGAGCGCUCGAAUACCAGCUGAUGUCAAGGUAUACAAUCUUACUCAUCUAAACCCAUCCACUGAGUAUAAAAUUUGCAUUGAUAUUCCCACCAUCUACCAGAAAGUCAGAACCCAAUGUGUAAACAUCACAACAAAAGCUUCAGACCCUGAUCAAAAGGAAUAUGAAAAGGGUAAUGCCACAAUAUUGAUGGCCUGCCUUGGAGGCCUUCUGGGGAUUAUUGGUGUGAUGUGUCUUUUCAUCUGCCUCUCUCAAGAAAUGAACUGCGAUGGUGGAUAUAGCUACAUGCAGAAUUACUUACACAAACCAACCUUUGCAUUCAGUGAGCUUUAUCCUCCUCUGAUAAACCUUUGGGAAACUGGUAAAGAAAAAUCUACAUCCUUGGAAGUGAAAGCAACCGUUAUAGGUGUGCCAACAAAUAUGUCCUAAAAAUAAAAAAAAUUAAAAAGAAACACUAAACCUA